GAAAUUCUUUGCUGAUCCGACUUGAGACUGAGAUAAUUCAAGAUGGUUGUCUCAGGCUCCAGGUGAGGGCUUCUUCCUGUUUUGCCCUGGUGUGUGAAACUUUCUUGCAGCUGACUGGGUCUCAGUGCUGCCAGUCCUUUACUGUCCCUACAGAGACAUCAUGUCCUCUACCUCCUCCUGUUCCUCCUCGGGGGAAACCAGCCCGGAUGAUAUGCCCCGAGGUGGGGGCACCAUCCGUGUCUACCUCCCCAACAAGCAGAGAACGGUGGUAAACGUUCGGCCUGGGCAGACUGUCUACGACAGUCUAGACAAAGCUCUGAAAGUCAGAGGCUUGAGCCAGGAUUGCUGUGCUGUCUUUCGCCUUCUUGAAGGCCGUAAAAGGCUUACGGAAUGGAACACUGACAUCACACCCCUUGUAGGGGAGGAGCUUCUGGUAGAAGUGCUGGAUGAUGUUCCCCUUACCAUGCACAACUUCGUUCGCAAAACAUUCUUCAAGUUAGCAUACUGUGACUUUUGCCACAAGUUCUUGUUCAACGGUUUCAGGUGUCAGACAUGUGGGUAUAAAUUCCACCAGCACUGCAGCAGUAAAGUACCUACUGUAUGUGUGGACAUGGAUACCAUAACAAAACGGUGUGGUCCUAGUACCUGCACAGAAGACUACCCUCAAAUACCCAUUUUGAUAAUGUCGGAUACCAAUUCCAUAUCACAGAAUGACCUUGGCUUAACAUCAGAUCCUCCUGGAGGAGGCCUGCUGUCCCCUGGCUCUCCUUCCUUCUGUUUCCUUGUGCGGGGGGAGGAUGGUCAAUCUCUCCAGAGACAUCGCUCCACCUCAACCCCAAACGUCCACAUGGUCAGCACUCUGGAUCCUGGAGCUGCUGGCCUCAUGGAGGAGCUAUUAAAAAUCAGCACAAUGGGACCAGAGUCCUCUGCCAAGCCUUCCACUAGCCCACCUCACCUAGGAUCUCCAGGAAGAAGACCCCCCAAAUCCCCUUCUGAGCCCAAGGAACGAAAGCCAUCAUCAUCUGAUGAUAAAAAGAAAGUGCACCGUGGAGGUUACAGAGACUCCAGUUACUACUGGGAGGUGCACUCACGGGAGGUGAAUAUGUUAAAGAGGAUUGGGGCAGGCUCAUUUGGGACUGUCUUUAAAGGCAAGUGGCACGGGGAUGUGGCUAUCAAGAUUCUUAAAGUGACAGAGCCCACACCAGAGCAGCUACAAGCCUUUAAAAAUGAGAUGCAGGUUUUACGAAAAACACGUCACGUCAACAUACUGCUGUUCAUGGGCUUUAUGACGAAGCCUAAUUUUGCCAUUAUCACACAGUGGUGUGAAGGCAGCAGCCUGUAUCGCCACCUACACGUUACCGAGACCAAGUUUGACACCAUGCGGCGUAUCGACGUUGCUCGCCAGACUGCACAGGGCAUGGAUUAUCUUCACGCCAAAAAUAUAAUUCAUCGGGACUUGAAAUCUAAUAAUAUCUUCCUGCAUGAAGGGUGGACGGUAAAGAUCGGUGACUUUGGGCUAGCCACAGUGAAGUCUCGCUGGAGUGGCUCUCAGCAGGUUGAACAGCCCAGUGGCUCCAUCCUGUGGAUGGCCCCUGAGGUGAUCAGAAUGCAGGACCAUAACCCAUACACCUUUCAGUCAGAUGUAUAUGGCUAUGGAGUGGUGCUUUAUGAACUGAUGUCUGGGACUUUGCCUUAUACAAAUAUCAGCAACCGGGAUCAGAUUAUUUUCAUGGUGGGUCGUGGGUACUUGUCCCCAGACCUCAGUAAGCUGUAUAGUAACUGCCCUAAAUCAAUGAAGAGGCUCAUCAUCGACUGUCUGAAAUUCAAACGAGAUGAACGGCCUCUCUUUCCACAGAUCUUGGUGGCCAUCGAACAGGUCCAGGAUUUUUUGCCAAAAAUUGAACGGAGUGCCUCUGAGCCCUCUCUACACCGUGCUGUACACGCCGAGGAUCUGAAUCCACUUCUGCUUCAUACCACACGCCUCAUGCCUCUGUGAGAC